AUGAUUGGCCAAACUCGUAGACCGUUAGAGCGUAAAAGCAGCUUCAUAGAUGAACCAGUGUUUGACAAAGGAAGACGAUCCAGCAUUGAGCAAUUGUCGAAAGCUUCACCGUUUGGCCAAAUGCUCGAAAACGUGAAGAAGCUGGCCAGUUCUAAAGGUUUAUGGGAUGAUGAAAUGCAACGUGAUUUACCAAAAAAGUGGGAGAAACACGGUGAUAUGAUUGUGUUUCCACAAAAUUCGUUCACUCAUGUAAACUGGAGAUACAUAGGGAGAGAAUUAUGGAAAGUUGUUGCUGAUUCUUUGAAAAUCAACAGACUUGGACGUAAAAGGUUGAUUGCUAACGACUCCGAAAGAACCCCACAUGUUGAUAUACUAUUCGGAGAUCAUGGCUGGGUUGAAUACGUUGAUGAACGUGGCAUUAAGUACAACUAUGAUGCUUCUAAGAGGGUGUUCAAUAACUCCAAAAACCGUGAGAUGCAGAGAAUUGCAAGCUGGGAUUGUCAUGCUGAGAUUAUUGUUGAUAUGUAUGCAGGUCUUGGAUACUAUACUUUCCCUUUCCUCUUGUCUUGUCAUGCCAAAAAAGUAUAUGCGGUUGACUGGGACGAAGAUAUGAUUGAAUCCUUAUUACGUUCCGCUACAGCCAACGAUGUUAUGGAUCGUAUUGAGAUUAUACAAGGAGAUGCCAGAAGAGCUACUCCACAGGGUGUUGCCGAUCAUGUGUACCUAGGCUUGCUGCCUUCUUGUCGUGCUCAUUGGCUGACUGCUUGCAAAGCUCUUAAGCCAGAAGGAGGUGUUAUUCAUAUCAAUGAUAUAAUUGAAACUGGGAAAAGACGCGUGCCCAAAAAGGAAGUUCGCAAGAAACCACUUAUGAAACUACCUUCAGUCGGAGAGGAGGGACCCUCAAAAGAAAAAGAGAAUGAACCUGAACCAUCUCCUGUUGUGAAUACAGAUGAUCAAAGCCAUCCGACAUCAGACGCUGUUGAUGCCGAGCCUUCAGCAGAUGGUGAGGAGCAGCCACUUAAGCGAAAGUUCUCAAGAUCUGCUUCAAUCGUUGAGGAAAUGGAAAAUCGCAUAUUUCCCGAACCUAAGCUUCUGAAAGAUUUUGAGGAAGGUGCAUGGAAGAAGCUUGAAGCAUGUUAUAAAGAAUAUGCGAUGGAAUGUGCAACCAAUUGCACACGAUUCUUGAACAAUAUAAACUUGUCUGACACAAUGUAUUGUGUAGCCAUUAUGAAUAUGACGAGGUAUGGCAAUACAACACCUAAAACAGAUCAUAUAGUCCUUGAUAUACUAUGCUGUAGAGAAGGAGACUCCAUUGAGAAGUUGGCUGCAAAGUUCUUAAAUACCAAUUUUUCAUCUUGA